AUGUCUGUUAUUAAUUUCACAGGUAGUUCUGGUCCAUUGGUGAAAGUUUGCGGCUUGCAGAGCACAGAGGCCGCAGAAUGUGCUCUAGAUUCCGAUGCUGACUUGCUGGGUAUUAUAUGUGUGCCCAAUAGAAAGAGAACAAUUGACCCGGUUAUUGCAAGGAAAAUUUCAAGUCUUGUAAAAGCAUAUAAAAAUAGUUCAGGCACUCCGAAAUACUUGGUUGGCGUGUUUCGUAAUCAACCUAAGGAGGAUGUUUUGGCUCUGGUCAAUGAUUACGGCAUUGAUAUCGUCCAACUGCAUGGAGAUGAGUCGUGGCAAGAAUACCAAGAGUUCCUCGGUUUGCCAGUUAUUAAAAGACUCGUAUUUCCAAAAGACUGCAACAUACUACUCAGUGCAGCUUCACAGAAACCUCAUUCGUUUAUUCCCUUGUUUGAUUCAGAAGCAGGUGGGACAGGUGAACUUUUGGAUUGGAACUCGAUUUCUGACUGGGUUGGAAGGCAAGAGAGCCCCGAAAGCUUACAUUUUAUGUUAGCUGGUGGACUGACGCCAGAAAAUGUUGGUGAUGCGCUUAGAUUAAAUGGCGUUAUUGGUGUUGAUGUAAGCGGAGGUGUGGAGACAAAUGGUGUAAAAGACUCUAACAAAAUAGCAAAUUUCGUCAAAAAUGCUAAGAAAUAG